CUCUCUGUCUCUCUUUCUUACACACACACACACACACGCACCCGUGUUGCCAUGUUUAUCUCCCACAGCGUUUAUCGAGUAGCAAACGUGCCUCUCGCGCGCUGAACGGGUUUAUCAGCUCGCACAGCUCUCCGGGGUUUCGUGGUCAAUAACCGAGCGCCCGGUGGGAUGUGUGUGUGUGUGUGAUGAAGUGUGUGAUAUAGUUUCUGUGAUGGAGUGUGUCCCGUAGAGAGGAAUCACAGCAGCACCGUGGGCAUGGAGGAGAAAAUCCCGGGAUUAUUACUGCUGCUGUUGCUGCUGAGAGGCGCGUGCGUCCCCGAACAGGUCUUAACGGAACACAGGUGGGACAUGCGAGAGACUUCAACCAGUGGGAUUUGUCGUUAUGGGAACAGAGUGGAUUGCUGCUGGGGCUGGACACGAGAGAGCUGGGGACAGUGCAGACCAGUGUGUGAUUUGGGCUGUAAACAUGGUGAGUGUGUUGGUCCAGAUCAGUGCCUCUGUCACCAGGGAUACACGGGCAAGACCUGCAACCAAGAUUUGAAUGAGUGCGGGCUGAAGCCGCGCCCAUGUAAACACCGCUGUAUGAACAUGGUGGGCAGUUAUAAGUGUUAUUGUCCCACCGGCUACAUGAUGACCCAUGACGGCACUUGCAGGAACAGCCAGACGUGUGCGAUGGCUAACUGUCAGUACGGCUGUGCGGUGAUGAAAGGGCAGGUCAUGUGUCAGUGCCCGUCGCCGGGGUUACAGCUCGGCCCUGACCGCAGGACGUGUGUUGACAUUGAUGAGUGUGUGAUGGGUGUGGCCAAGUGUCCAAGGUUCCGGAAGUGUGUGAACACAUUUGGUAGUUACAUCUGCAAAUGCCACAAAGGCUUUGAGCUGCUCUACAUCAAUGGCAAAUACCAGUGUAUAGAUAAGAACCACCCCUGCCAUGAAAAGCCGAACUCCAAAAAGUGCAGAUGUAAUCUUGGGACCAGGGGAUGGAGCCAUGACUGUAAAUCUGUUAUGAGAGUGACUCUUGAUCCAGCGAUGCCAUUGACCCCCAGACCUACAACAAAAAUAACCAUAGCAACACUAACCCCAACUACCAGCCCACGCAACACAACUAAGAAGCCCAGGACAACCAUCACUAUGACAGCAACCACUUCACCAACAACCACCACCACAUCAGCGACAACAACUACUUCAACAGCGACCACCACUACAACCACGACAAGAGCAACAGUGUUCCCUACAUCAAUAGCACCAACCACUGUUGCUAUGACAACAGCAGCAACCAUUGUUGCUACGACAACAGCACCGACCACUCUUGCUAAUACAACAGUGGCCGCUGUCCCUACAGCAACAGCACCAACCACUGUUGGUAGUACAAUGCCAACCACGAUUGCUACAACAAUAGUGCCAACCACUUCUGCUAUGACAACAAUACCGACUACUCUCACUAUGACAACAGUGUCAACCACUGUGGCUACAACAGCAGUGCCAACUACCAUGGCAAGAACUACAGUUCAGCUAAUCACUACCACUCUGGAUAACCACAUACAGGAGAUCACACAAAGGCCAAGGGGAGAUGUACACAUUCCGAGGCAUCCGGAGAAGAACGUGUUCGAGCUGGACUUUGAUGAUAUAGAGUUGGGGAACACGGCAGAUUUUGCACGUGAUGAUCCAGCCUCUGGCUCUUUGAGCUGCUCUUUUGAUCAGGGUGUGUGCAGCUGGAUGACGGAUCGGGAUGGAGAUCUGCGCUGGGAGACUGUAACCGAUCCACACGGUGGGCGGUACCUCACUGUACCAGAGCCAAAGACAGGAAGAAGUUUUAGAGGGGCACGGCUCACCAUCCCUUUAGCCCCGCCCACUCCUCCCCCAAGGAAAGGGAGAGACCUUUGCCUGGCAUUUAGGCACCGCCUCCAAGGGCUUUUUAUUGGCUCCUUGCAGGUGUUUGUUAAAAAGGGGUGGGGCUACAGUCCUGCAGUCUGGACAAGGACAAGCGGGCAAGGGUGGAGACACACCCAAGUCACACUUUGGGGGAGGGGCAUUGAAAGUGUGGUGUUUAAGGGAGAGAGGAGGAAGGGGCGGAGUGGAGAGAUCGGCAUUGACGACGUGAGCAUACACAGAGGAGUGUGCAGUAACACAGGACAAGACUGACACAUGCAAACACACACACACACACACACACACACACACACUGCAACUAUGAGUUUUUACAAAUGUGACCUCAGGAUUGACUUUAACACUCGACCCACGCACCACUAUGGAGUUCUGUGGCUGAAGUUCUUAUGGGAUGGAAAAGUUCAGCGUAAAGCUCCUUUUUCACUGCAUGUAGAAAUCAAACUUUAAAGGAAAUAACAUGAUGUAUGCUGAGAAUCAGUAAUGAGAACAGAGCCAAGGAGAAAAACCGCUUACACUCAGGUUCAAAAAAAGCACUUUGCCUUAUUUAGCAGUUGUGUUGUUGUGACAGGAUGUGACUGUGUGUGUGUUUGUGUGUGUGAGGUUUGACUCUGAGGUUAAAGGUCAUGUUAUUAAAAGUUAUUUUAUUUGUUACCUGUAAUCACAAAGCAUGUAACUGUUUAUUUCAUGGAUAUAAUUACAUACAA